AUGACAUUUGAAGCAAUAGAUGAGAAAGGCACAGCAACUCAAAGAAUCUAUCAGACAAGCUCUCAUUUGGACUGGGAUACUGAAGCAUUGGCUUCCCAAUUCUAUCAAAGACUGAAGGAGGAAGUAAAAGAUGAAAUUGCAAGAGAGAAGAAUAAACUGAACACUCUACAAGGCAUGAUAGAACUUGCAGUACAGAUUAACAACUGCAUGUAUGAGCAAUGCUGGGAAAAGAAAGAGCAAUACUUCCACAACAUCAGAACCCAGAAGAAACAGAGCGACUCUUACAGACCAUGA